GUGAAAUAUUGGAUCGAACAUCGUGCGUUCGUCACUGUUUUUGUUUCGUACAGUGCGUGUUUUACUUGGGUUCCUUUUCGAGCAAUAUUAGAAAGACAAAAAGCUACGGCAAAAAUUAAUGACUGUCGUCCGAUGAUGCUUGGCUCGUAAUCAGUCUUCUCGUUUUGCGUCACCCAUCUGUCGUUUCCUCCGUUGCAUUUGCAACUAAUACCGCAACCAGUAAGAGUGCCGGCGGAACCAUGUGUAAUCAGGCAGCUCGUGAAUACCUCCUACGGCUGCCAACGCAUGGUCUUUGUCGUUGAAAAACUUGUAGGCCGUCGCCUUGAUGUCGUCGGUCGUGACGGCAUCGAUCCGGCAAAAAGUCUCUGCGGGAGUCAUGCGGCGGCCGUAGUUCAGCAGGGAGCGACCGAUUUCCUCGGCUACGUUGUUGUGCCCGUCGAGGUUCGAGAGCAUGGCGGCCUUUAGGGAGACCUUGGCACGUUCGACCUCCUCGUCACCAACCGAGUGGACUAAUCUGAUGAGGUUGUUCAUGAUGUACCAAGAAGCAUCAUCGAUCUUGUUAUCGGGGCAGACGGCGUAGACACCAAAAAGACCMGUAUCUUUGUAGUGAGUGUUAAAGGUGUUGAGGGAGUAGCAGAGCUCGUUUUCAGCAACAUCCUGGCAGAGAUUGGAGGCGUAGUUGUGACCCAUGCCCGAGGCACGGUCAUAGGAGCCCAGCAGGAGCUGCAUGAGCAUAAGGGGAAAGGCGUACUCGGACGUCCAGGAAUCGGUGGGAAAGGCCACGGCCAUGUAUCCGACGUCCUCCGAAUUAAACUUCACACGGUAGUCACUCCCGGUGAAGGUGGCGGGUUCGUAUGAGGAGUCCGACGACAGGGCGUUUGGGCUUUCGGUGGGUAGGGCCCCGAAGCAUUCGCUUGCUAGGCCGCAUAGCUCGUCGUGGUCGACAGCUCCGGCCCCAGCUACAACCAUUCUCGGGGCCGUGUACUGGGUGGUGAUGUAGUCAACGAGCUGGUCCCGGGUGAGGGUUCGAAUGUUGUGUUCCGAUCCUAGAAUGGUGCGGCCGAGAGGGGUGCCCUGAAAGGCAGUGGCGUGAAGAUGAUCUAAGACCAGCUCCUCUUGGUUCUUGUUCACUUCCUCCAUCUCGCGGAGAAUGACCUCCCGCUCUCGCUCGAUUGCCUGAGGCUCGAGGUUGGAGUUGAGGAGAAUAUCGCUUAUGAUCUCCAUGGCCACCGGUACGUCCUUCUUGAAGACCUUCGCGAAGUAGGCCGUCUGCUCUCGGGACGUGUAGGCAUUGAGAUGUCCACCCAUGUUCUCGAUCUGUUCUUCCAGCUGCCUCUGUGUCCGCUUUGAAGUUCCUUUGAAGGCCAUGUGCUCCAAAAAGUGAGCGGCCCCAUUGUUGGCCUCCGUUUCGUAACGGGAUCCGGAAUCGAUCCAGACCCCGACUGUUGCAGUUUCCGCGCCAACCGUGGUUUCGCUACCGACCCGGAGUCCAUUCGGUAAAGUUGUCACGUCUGUCGUUGGGGCCUUGAGGACGUACGAUGGAAAGGAGGAGGACGCCGGCGAAGACUCAGACGCGGCCAUUGCGGAGAGUGCUCGCUUCACAGUCGGAUCAAGCAACGAAAAGUAGUUCAAGAUAGAACCAAACAAGGAAAGACAAAAAUGAGAUUUUUUGAUUGAAUAGGAAACGAAUUACUCGAAUUGGAUGCUAGCAAAUGGACAAAAUAAAGACAAUUCCAAUAAGCUAUCAUGUGCUCCGUUUUAUGGGUGUGCGUCUGUCUGCAUUUGUACGUAUCGGCAUUAUCGACAGCGUGACAAUUGGCAAAGCGAUUCCGCGUUUUCUUCUCCUUUGUGAUAUGACGGAACGAAGAACAGAAUCAUUCGUAUCGUUCUCAUCUUGGAUUCGUUUAAUGGCAACGCAAGUCACGCUACCAAGCCAUCUGUCAGUGAUGAUCUCUAACGAGUUGCACUGCACUGCACUACAUUGCGUUGCAUGGCAUCGAGUGGCGUUGUCUGCAUUUCGUCCCGAGAUAUUCCGACCGCGUGGCAUCAUGCACGCUGGAUUGGUUGGUAUUGGAUACCAUCAUGCCCCGAGCAGCAAAUCGAUAGGGAUUCGUUCUAUUUUGUUACAUCAAAUUCAUCCAAUCCCAUUCGUAGGUUUCGUUUCGUUUCGUUGCGUUGGAUCUUACCUUUCCGAGAGAAAGCGCACUACGACGCGAAGAUUGAGCUGUGGCAAGCAAUGACAUCUUGUUUUCAGUUUCGUUUGCUCUACGUCGACUGCGUUGUUGGUUGCCGACUGCAGUUGCGGAUUCGUAAUGGAUAUUAUUGCAGUAGCUUUAGUUGCUGCUGCUCUUUUUUGUCCAAGGUGCUGUGAUGUAUGGUUCGGUACAGUAGUUGUCUGCUGUUAUUACUGUUAGUCUAUUCGAGCGGUUGCCGAAAGGCGAAAGAGAAGUUGCUGUCUGGUCUCUUCAGUUCCAAUGGUUGUAGUACGAGUAGUACUCGUACGAAGUGUACCGCACGGUAUGGUAUCCAAAUAUUUUUGACUGUUUCCGUUUCGGUUCGAAGAAUCAUCUAGUGCAACGCCGCAAUUUGUUGUAGAGCGAUAGACAGACUUACAGAGACUGUACUGCAGUACUACAGGUACGUACGUACCUGGUACUAUGGAUUGUAAUGCUAGCUUCGUGUAUUUUCUGCACUUUGGAAUUGUUCGUGUCUGUCUGCCGUGAUUGCUCUUAUUCUUUCUCGUGUUCUCUCUUGGUUCUUCUUCUUCUUUUUCGAAUCAGAGCAGCUUGCAAAGAUUUUGUCUGGUUCAAAACAACCAUAUGGCGGCAACUGUAAAAACUUGUCUACGUAUGCUGUUAUGGAAUAUACGGUACUUACUUUACUACUGUACGGUACCAUCCUUGGAAAAGAAGGAACUCUGGUCUCACCCCAAAUCACGAGUGUACCUACGGUUAAGAGUUAAGAGUAGAUACAUACGAGUACGAGUACGUACAGUGUUGGUACGUACCCUACAAACAGCAGAUAACCCAAAAUAUUUUGGUCGCGUUGUUGACACCAAGGAAUAAUCGCGACGACAUUUUUCCAGGUACAAGUACUUACCGUAUGAUCGAUACCUACCGUACUAAUGUGAAAGAGUACCUUGCUGUAGCAGGAUGUUGAAGAGAUACGUCAGCGGCGAGAACCCUAACCAAAACUCUAACUCAUACUCGUACUCGUACGUACUCGUACCCAAUUGAACUGCCUAGUUGGAUUGCAUCGUUGUUCUUUGAAGUUCGUUACCACCGAUAAAUUCCUUUUCGAGAAUUGAAGUCGGAGGUACGUACCGGCAGUACCCCGUACUCUAAAUCCUAAGGAGAAUCAACCAAGAAAUACUUUAAACGAUCUGAACGCACGCGCUCGUAUCACCACGCAUCAGGCAUACGAUCUGCCAAUCACAGGCACGAGAUCAUGAUUCAUUCAUUCCAUUGGACGAUGGUGAUGAUUCAUUCAUUAUGUUUGUUCUUUUUUGACACCAUACGAUUGGCCUCUCGUAGAACAACUACUGAUAUACAGAUAGAAGUAGAAACGUGCUUUGUUUCUAGUGAAAUUUCUGAGAUUUUUGUCAAGAAUAUCGUAUUGCGGUCCGUACAAAUGGAUGUUCUUUUACCUCUUCAUCAAUCAUCGACGAUUAAUCCAUCCUUCGUCGAUAGGGAUUUUGUGGUGUACUCGUACUGGAAUGUUGUACUGUGAAGAUGUAAGAAGUGGGCCAUACGGUAAGGCACGGUUUGUCUUCAGAAUCAACACCACCUACCCUCCACCAGCAUUAUCGACGAGACUGUCUUGCUUUACGUGCAAUAGAAGUUUCUUCCAAGGUUAGUUUCGUCACCUAGCUUUCAUUUGGUUUUCGAACUUCGAUCGGUUUACACAUUUAUUCUUAAUAUAUCAGAAACGAAAACCUUCAUCUCACACAACAAAUCGAUCGAUUGUUUUCGAUUCUAUUACAUAGAAGGAGUAGCAUCAAAGGGAUAUCUCACCGAAUUGGGAACCAAAACAAAACAGGGUAGGGAAACUGAUACAGAAUCGUUCUUCCUCUAAUCGUACACACAGCAUGCAUAGAACAAAGAUGAACGACAACCGAGCUUUUUCUUCACCUGGACAAUCCGCUUCGGCAUCGCGACGAUUCCGAACGGCGCAGUUCACUUCGGUUGCAGCACUUGCCCUGUUGGCGGCAACCUCGACAAAUCGCGUAGAAUCCUUUUCUGCUAAGAUCCAUAAGAACCAUAGACCCGGAUUUGAACCAUCACAACAUGAGCAGCCUGGAGCCGGAUUGACUGUGAUCUCGCACAUGCGAUUGUCACAUCGACGAACGGUCUCCUCCUCCUCCCUGCAGUCCACUUCCGAAACGAAGAGCGGAAUCGAUUCCUCAAUAGCAGCCACAAAUACUACCGUAGCUAACCAGGCAUCGGUUGCUAAAGCCGAGCGCGCCUGGACCCUUGCUCCAAUCAGUGCCGAGAACGACAUGUCCCUUAUGGAUGCUAUGGCGGACUCUGAACUCCAAAGCGACGAAACCGAAAUUUCGCUUAUGUCCAAGCUGACCAGUGCCGAUGUCCUCGGCCCACUGUUCACAAUCGCUUUUGUGAUUGUCUUUUUGUGCAACACACUGCUGAAUAGCGGCGAGAUCUCGGACACCUUCCUGGCCAUGGAUCUCCACCAGAAGCUAAACGUUCUGUCGAAAAUCUCCUGGUUCCCAGGCCAGUUUCAGGAGGCCCAGCUGGUUGUGGCUCUGGUAAUGGCCUUUUCUGCCUUUGCUCAGGCUCUCACUGGAUUUGGUUUUGCCGUUGUGGCAGUAGGGGCCAUGAGCAGCAUGCCGUGGCUCCUGCACAGCGAACUCUUCGGGGUAAUCACACCGGUUGCUGCCACCCUCGGUGCACUAGUGGGGUUUAUCUUGCUGAUUCCAUACGCCUUUACUGAGACCGUAACGGAGGAGGAACCCGGGUUGGAGUGGGACCAGAUCUUGCCCCUUCUGAUCCCCUGCACCGUGCUGACUCCAGUUGGCAUCCAGCUAAACAAUAUGGUCGAUCCCUUGUUGGCGACGAGGGUCCUAGCUGCCCUCAUUAUGGGCUUUGUCGGGUAUAAGCUGGUGCCGACAAUUCAGGACGCCCUAAGCAGUGACGAAAGCAUGGCCGACAACGAAAUUACUUCCCUUGUCGCCACGGAACCUGAACCAACCGACGGAUUUUUACAGUCCCAGACGGCCGCGAUUUUGUUUGGUAGCGCCGCGGGGAUUUUUGGGGGUGCCUUUGACGUCCAGGGUCCGCCACUCUGCGUCUACGGAGACGCCAAGGGGUGGUCCCCAGCGCGGUUCCGAAACAACGUCCUCGCAGUUGUUUGCCUGAACUCUGCUCUGGUGGUUGCCAUUGACGCAGCACAGGGAUCACUGGGGGGAUUCUAUUACAGCUACUUCUGUCUCACGUCCCUUCCGGGAGUUCUCCUGGGCAUCGUAGCCGGUCAGUGGGCCAGCGAACGGAUCGACCCCGUCCUCUUCAAGAAUCUGGUGUUGGUCAUGUGUCUGGGGCUCGGUCUCCAGCUACUUACGGUGUCGUAGCGAAGUAAGUCGAUAAUGCAACGAAUCUUCGAAAAAGAAAACUUGCAAGUCCUUCUCAGCAUGAAAAGUUCUAUUCCGCUCUACGAAGCAUUUUUGUAACAGGUAUGCAUAUGUGUAUGCUUGUAUAAAAUCAGUUAUUGUAAACUACCGCAAACGUUUGUUUGUCUUUAUCAAGAAGUAAUAAUAGAUAUCAUUAAAAUCA